UUCCUUUAAUAUAAUUAGUACUGAAUCUUGUUUAUAAGAAAUUGCUAAAAAUGUGUUCUAUGAAAAAUCUUUUAGUGUCAAUAAUUUUUAUUAACAUUUUACAAUUGGAAACAUAUUUUUGUGCAAAAAACCAUAGCAGUAUAAUAAUGGAAGAUCCUAAGGAAAAUUAUAAAUUUUUAAUAACGGGCGGUUAUCGUCCUAAGAUAGAUAAUUUGGCAAAAUAUGUUGUCUCCAUACGAGGAAAAAAAUAUUCAAGGUUUUUUGGAGAUGAUCACAAUUGUGGUGGCACUAUGAUAUCACCCAAAAUUAUUCUGACCGCAGCACAUUGUGUUUGUGAGAGGGAAGGACGAAUACAAUUGAGACCGUCUGAUAUAUCGGUCGUAGCUGGAACUCCAAAACGUUUGGUAGCCACUGAUAAAACACAAGUAAUAAAAGUUGAUAGAGUUAUUAGACACGAAUACUACGAUCCUGAUACUAUGCGAGAUGAUAUUGCUAUAUUAUUGUUGCUAAAAGAUAUAUAUGAAGACGGUGUUUCAACACAAAGAAUUAGUCUGCAAACAAAGAUAUUACCUCCCUAUACUAAAUGCACCGUCCUUGGAUGGGGUCGUGUUUUUACAGCAGGCCCAUUUCCAGAUUUAAUAUUACAUGCCGAUAUCUAUAUAAUGCCAACGGAAUACUGUAAAGAGAGAUACAGCUCUUUUUCUUUUGGCAUGAUGUGUGCUGGUGAUGUGGAUGAUUUUGAGCAAAAUGCGUGCCGAGGUGAUUCUGGUGGUCCACUGAUAUGUAAUGGAUCUUUAACGGGUAUUGUAUCAUUUGGUUUUGGCUGUGCUUCACCCAAUUAUCCAGGUUAUUAUAUGAAUGUGACUUCGUAUCUUGAUUGGAUUCGUAAGAAUGGAUUAAGUAAAUUAAGGCCUGUAAACUUUAUUUUGCUAAUUGUGUUACAAAUUUUCAUAACGAAAGGAAUGUAUAGUAAAGAAUACGUAAAUUAAUUAUUG